AUGAGUUCAGCCAAACUUAAGUUGCUUCACCGUCGCCUCGAUCAUCAGAACCUUCACGGAGGAAAACAGGACACAGAGACGAUGGAAUGGAAGAAGCCUGACUCGACACUUCAGCUGAUGCCAGGAGGAUCAGGCCAGAGGAUUCCCCCCCGCUGCCUAGCUGGGGUCAGUAUAGCCUGUGAUGUGGACGAGAUUCUCUGGCCUGACCCAGAGCAAAGAUACUGUUUUCAGUACGGUCUUGUGGAGAGGCAGAUCCUAGAGCUGUUACAAGGGCUUCAUGUGACCAAAACUACGUCUCCUAAUGACAGGAGGAGUUCAGAGCCAUCAUGUCCUGAGCCUAGUGAGGAAGACGGAAGCAUCAGACAGAAAGAUAUUGAGAAAGAUGAUAUAUGCCCAAUCUGUCAAGAAGAACUUUUGCUGAAAAAAUUGCCUGUAACCUAUUGCAAGUUCAGUUGUGGAAACAACAUCCACAUUUCCUGCAUGAAGGUAUGGGCUGAUCAUCAGACAAAGAGGGACCCACGUGGCCUGCUUAAGUGUCCACUCUGUAGGGAGGACUUUGGCACUUUUAAGCAGCUGAUUGAACAAGUGAAAAAUUCAGGUGAACUGUUAACCUGCUAUGAGAAGGACUGUCUGGACAAACAUCUGGGUGUUAUGUGCAACAGCUGCAGG